AUGGUGAACGUUUUUGCAGUGCCAGUGUUCUUCAUCUGCUUCCGAGAGUGCCUUGAAUGUACAAUAAUCGUCUCGAUCCUUUUGGCCUUUCUCAAGCAGAGCAUCGGCGGACCUGGACGUGACCCGGUGGUCUACAAGAAACUACUCAGGCAGAUCUGGUAUGGAAUUGCAUCUGGCCUUUUGUUAUGCUUCAUCAUUGGAGGAGCAUUUAUCGGUACCUUCUAUGGCCUCGGAAAGAACCUUUUCAGCAAAGCUGAAGACAUUUGGGAGGGUGUUUUCUCUUUGAUCGCCACCAUCAUCAUUUCCAUUAUGGGUAUAGGACUCUUGCGAGUUUCGAAGCUGCAGGACAAGUGGAGAGUCAAGAUCGCUCAGGCUCUGGAGAAGCACCACGCUGGACAGGGGCUUGGCUAUAGAAGCCGAUUCAAGCUCUUCUGCGAGCGCUACGCCCUCUUCAUACUGCCGUUUGUCACUGUGCUUCGUGAGGGUAAGCUUAAUACUAAAAAGCAGAAGGCAUACAGGGUAGUUCGAAGGUUGCUUCCGGGCUUCGCCAUGUCUCUGCCCGUAUCGGAAUUCGUCUCAGACAUCGCUAACCCUCAAUUUAUAGGACUGGAGAUGGUCGUCUUUAUUGCAGGRGUUGGCCUCGGACUUCCGGCUACAUCGUUCCCACUGGCCGUGAUUUGCGGUCUUCUUUCUGGCGUGUUUGUCGGCUACAUUAUAUAUCGUGGCGGCAAUACGGCCAAGCUCCAGAUCUUCCUAAUCAUUUCGACGUGCUUUUUGUACUUGAUUGCGGCCGGGCWCUUCUCCAAGGCCGUAUGGUAUUUCGAGAUGAACGCUUGGAGCAAGCUCACGGGAGGUGACGCAGCUGAGACUGGUUCGGGGCCUGGAUCUUACGACAUACGCAAGAGUGUGUGGCAUGUGAAUUGCUGCAAUCCAGAACUCAACGGAGGCGGCGGCUGGGGCAUAUUCAACUCAAUCCUCGGAUGGACGAACAGUGCUACCUACGGAUCCGUCAUCUCUUACAAUCUGUACUGGUUGGGAGUGAUUUUAGCAUUUGGCUCGCUUGGCUUUUACGAGAAGCGUGGCCACUUUCCCCUCCUCAAGGCCAAGGCCAGACCAGACGACAGCGAAGUCGUGGACAGCGACGAAUCCAGUCAAAACCAAGGUGAAGCCGGGAAGACUGUGCAUGUAACCAGCACUCCACGCCAGCUUUCGACGUAG